AUGGGGGAGGGUGCCAUGGCCCAUGGGGUCACCCCUGCUGCCUGUCGGAGUCCGCUUGCGCCAACACCAACGGCAGUCGAGUGUCGUCUGAACGCCCCGAUCGACGCACCUUGCUUUCCGAGAGUCGGCGUAUAUAUCAAGUCGGUGAUUCCUUCCAGGGCCUUGGGGGGUUUCUCUCUCCAAGAUCCACUUACCGGAAACUCAAAUACCAAACGUCAUUCCGAGGGAACAACGCUCUGUGCAUGCGCCUCAUCGUAUCACAUCUCGAGUCGCCGCCUGCCUGGAGUCGACCAGAAAAUCGCCAAAAUGAAUUGCGACAUAUGCUGUAGGCCUCACAAUGCUCAGCGUCUUCCCUUUCUCUGUGCCGUCGAUGCUCGCAACCACUGCUAUGAGGGUCGCAUCAAGAAUCUGCAGGCGCUGAUGGAGAAUGAGACUCUUCAGAAGGAGAUCAACGACCUGCUUGCUCAGGACAAGGCAGAUGAUGGCCCUGGUCGAAGUGUUGUUCUCGAGUCGCUGAGUGCCUCUCAAAGAUCGGCCGAAGAUCGCACCGAACAGAUCAUCGCCCAAGCUGAGAAACUCAAGGGUGAAAUUGCCGCUGCCAGAAAAGAGAUUGCUGAUCGCAAAGCCGCCCUCAUUCGCCGCAAAUCCGACCUUGCAUCUGCAUCGAGUGGCAUAGCUGCUCGGAGAACUAGACAGCUGGAAGAGACUGAACGCUCCAUCUCGGUUGCCAAGUAUAAAUGGACCCGAAGUGCGGACCAGAUGUCGUCGACUCGAUCUUUCUUGUGCAUGGAGGCCGCCAAGCUGUAUGGACUUCGUCGCAUCAAGAAGGGAUCAUCUGCUCGGUACGAGUACAAGAUCGGGGGUGUCGACAUCGUCGAUCUCUCAUCUAUGAAUGUUAUUUCGCCAGAACUCUUGUCCACCUCUCUCGCCAACAUCGCCCAUAUUCUGGCUUUGACAAGUCAUUACCUCUCGGUUAGGCUCCCUGCAGAGAUAACACUGCCGCAUCGAGACUAUCCGCGCCCGACCAUCUUCAAUCUUUCCUCGUCGUAUCAGCAUGGGGAAGUGCCGUUUCCUGGAACCUCGCCCGUUACCAGCUUCUCUGCAGAAGAGCGCGAGAGCCAGCCGCAGUAUAUGCCUCGCCCGCGGCCACUCUUCGUCGAUAAGACUUUACCCAUACUGGCCAAGGAAGACCCUGCUGCUCAUUCCUUGGUCCUGGAGGGCGUGACAUUGCUGGCGUACGAUAUUGCUUGGGCCUGCAGUACUCAGGGCGUCUUUGUAGGAGAUCGUAACUCGUUCGAGGAUGUGUGUCAUAUGGGCCGCAACUUGUACAACUUGCUCAUUGGCCAACAACUUCACAGCACCCAGACUGGUCGCCUCUAUCCACCUGCAACUUCAUCUCCCGGGGCGAAGCACGAUGCGCUUGAUCAAGAAGAGCUCGGCAAAGCUCCCUCGUGGAUGGGACGAUAUUCCCAUGGCACAGCUCACGCUUUCCUUGGCAGCGCAGAGGGAUCCGAAUUCAUUCGCGGUUUCAAGCUUCCCACCCCCCUGAAGCUUGCUGAUAGGCUCAAGAAGAAGCUUAUCAGUGAGGUUGCCGUUCCGGAGUGGGAGGUUCUCGAGGACGAUGCUUGGGCUAUCGACGAAGGCGAAGGUCAGGCGAAUCGCGCUGUCGGUGGUGGUGGUACAAAUGGCUGGACAAAGGUGAAAAACAGGUAA